AUGGAAUUCCGCCGACGACCGCGAGAAGCACCUCUACCGGACACUUCCUCUUCUCCACUGCGGCCAACACUUAUAUCGCAUAUCACCUGCACCACUCAAUCCAGACGCAUCUCCGGCCUUUCCUCCGCUCAGAUCGCGAUCGCUGCCACCCGAUCGGUCGUUCACGGAGGGCGUCACAGGUGGAAAAGCUGUGAGAACAUUGAAGACAGGAGACGAGAAGUCAAGAGUUGUGUUGUUGUUCUGGACACAGGAAAUAGCAUGGAAAAGAGAUUAGGGAGCGACCAAUUUCUUCUGCUAAAAGCUCCUAGCCAACACUUAUAUCGCAUAUCACCUGCACCACUCAAGCCAGAUGCAUCUCCGGCCUUUCCUCCGCUCAGAUCGCGAUCGCUGCCACCCGAUCGUGACCUCCCGCCCACUGUACGAAGCCAAUCGCCACCGGAAACAGACCCAGAUCAUUUAUCGAAGCCAUCACCUUCAACGUCAGAGUCGUUCACAGAGGGCAUCACAGGUGGAGAAGCUGUGAGAACAUUGAAGACAGGAGACGAGAAGUUAAGAGUUGUGUUGUUGUUCUGGACACAGGAAAUAGUGUGGAAAAGAGAUUAG